AUGGAGGAGAAUCCAUCUCUAGUCAGAGGCUCCUCACCGGUCGACGCAUCCUCCUACGACCCAGUCAAGAAUGCCAAAAACAGAAAAUACCAGCUCCCUCCCAGCAGAUACCAAUACCGUUCACCUCGGUACUAUCGCGGACCUUUGCACCCACAUCAACCGCCGCCACCCCAUGACCCGUCCUCCCGCGAGUUCGUCCCUGGGCCAUUCUCCAAUCCACGGUUGGAGCAGACCUAUCAUUCCAUCAUCGCCCCGGACUUCAUGACUAUGUGCUAUCAACACACGCCUCCUGGAUUUCGAGCUCCGGCCAAAGGUCCGCGACUGAGGCCGUGGAUUGGCGAGAGCCCUUACUUCAAGAACCGUCCAGUGCGCGGACCUAGAGGAGGAGACGUCCUGCGCCUGCUACGCAAACCAAUUACAUUUAACAACAUUCCUCAGCUAAAACGUGUUACGGUGCACGCCUUCAUAAGAGAUGCCGCGUCCAAAGGCUCACCUCCGCUCCACGCCGCUGGUCUGCUGCUGCAGUCGAUCACGAACAAGCGAGUGGAAGUCCAUCGUGCCAAGAAGUCGGUGUCUCAAUGGUCCCUCAUCGCUGGCAAGCCCAUCUCCUUGACGGUGGAUCUGGAGGGUGAAGAUAUGUACCAUUUCCUCAGCAAGGUGAUCACGGUCGUGCUACCGAGAAUCAAGGAUUGGAGGGGUGUGAGAGCUACGACGGGCGACAGUUCUGGCAACUUGACGUUUGGGCUGGAGCCGGAGACGGUCGCGGCGUUUCCGGAGGUAGAGACAAACUACGACGCGUACCCACCCAAGAUGAUACCGGGUAUGCACAUCACGAUCCACACGAGUGCGGACACCGACAAGGACGCCCGAUUGCUUCUUCAACAACUAGGUGUCCCAUUCUACGGCAAGAUUGUAGACUAG